UGUUUUUAGUUAUCGGUGACCUUGUAGUACUGUUUGCUGCCAACAUGGCCGCUCCUGGGUUCUGUCGAACGCUGUUCUCCUACCUGUGGUUUUUGGUAAAAUGGACGGUACAGAUGAUCGUCCUGAGAAUCCUGGGCGUCGUGUCUCCCGCCAGACAGCGUCAGGUCCUGGUUAGAGUUGCCAAGGCGACGCAGUUUUGGGACUGUCCGCUAGAGUUCGACGACUACGCAGACACGUUCCUCAGUCUCUCAGCCUACCUGGACGUGUGCGGGGCGGUGUGGCGUGACGUCAGCAGUUACGUCAUGGUCGGCUCACCAGCGCCUAGCUGUGACGUCAUCGAACUGGACACGGGAAGAAUACUGGACCUUUUAGAAUUUGAAAAUGUUGUGGAUACGAUGGACGACAACGUAGCUAGAGCCUACGCCUGCUAUCCUGACCGCCUAUUUGUGAUACUGGACGGUAUAGUUGUCUACAAGGGAGGUCUUGGGCCGGAGGGUUACCAUUUGGAUGAGGUGCGGGACUGGUUACAAAACUUCAAUGGGAAAGAUAGACAAAGAUAA